AUGGCACAAACCGGCGUUAAGCUCGAGCUAGAUAGUCCCAAGACUUCAUUGGAUCUAGUUACGUCAUGGAGGGAAGAAGGAAAUUCGCUUUUCAGUCAUGGGGAUGUUGAUGAUGCUUUAGAGUAUUAUGGUUUUGUUGGUGUGAUGCUUAGUCUAAUUGUCUUGGAGGAGGAAGUUGCUACAAGUUUUUGCAAAUUAGCUUUUUGCAUCUUGCUGAAUUUAGCUGCUUGGAGCCUGAAGAAAAAUGAAUUUGAUCAAGUUGGACUUCUUUGCUAUGUUGUUUUAAGCUUUGACCCGUGCAAUGUGAAAGCUUUGUUUAGAAGAGCUAAAGCAUCAAUGGGAAAAGGAAGGUGUGAUUUAGCUUAUUGGGAUUUGCCGCAAGCCUCUAAGAUUGACUCAUCAAACAAAGAAACUGCUAAGAAAUUAAAUGAAGUUCGGAGUUCAUUUAUUAAGCAGAAGGAUCAUCCAAUUGGAUUAGGGUUGGAACCAUUGCCACCAAGGAAAAAGAUGAAGGAACAAUAUCAGGAAGAAGGAGAACGUUCUCCUAAGUGA